AUGGCACCAAAGUGGCAGACACAGUGGGAUCAGCAGUGGCAGGAGCAGCAGUGGCAGGGCCCGCAGUCUGAGAUUCAGGGCAGCCAGGGGGCGGACAAGGCCCAGGAUCGCCGGCACGAGCUUUACCGGGCGAAGCUGGACAUAAAGAGGCUUGAGGACAGGCUGGAGGAAGUCAACCAGGAGCAGAUCGAUGCUCUCAAGGCCCAGCACAAGACCGCUGAGGAUGGCUUCAAGGCCGAGAUCCGGACGUUGCAGGCCAAGCUGGAGGCGGAGGAGCAGAAGACAAAGAAGGCGACCGCAGCAGACUUGAAGCCAUGGAUGGACGCGAACGACAAGUUCGUGAAGCAGGAGAAGGAGAUGACGGCAAAGAUCGAUGAGCUGCGGAACGAGCGG